AUGUCUCGGGCUGUUCCUCUUCCGAUCCCCUGUCCUGUUCAAAUUGGUACCUUAAGAAAUGACUCCCUGGAAGCUCAGCUUCAUGAAUAUGUCAAACAAGGGAACUACGUUAAAGUAAAGAAAAUUCUUAAGAAAGGAAUUUGUGUUGAUGCAGUUAACUCCUUGGGACAAACACCACUUUUUGUUGCAGCAUUAUUGGGCCUUAUGAAAUUAGUUGAUGUUCUGGUGGAUUAUGGAUCAGAUCCAAAUCACCGCUGCUUUGAUGGGAGCACCCCUGUCCAUGCAGCAGCAUUUUCAGGCAAUCAGUGGAUCCUCAGCAAACUGCUGGAUGCAGGAGGUGACCUGCGACUCCACGAUGAGAGGGGUCAAAACCCUCAGACUUGGGCCUUGACAGCAGGAAAGGAGCGUAGCACCCAGAUAGUGGAGUUCAUGCAGAGCUGUGCCUCACACAUGCAGGCCAUCAUCCAGGGCUUCUCUUAUGACCUCCUAAAGAAGAUAGACUCCCCGCAGCGGCUCGUCUACAGCCCGCCCUGGCUUGGGGGCCUUGUGCAGAGAAACCCUAAUGGGUCUCCUAAGCGACUGCUUAAAGCUGGAGUCAUUUCUGCUCAAAAUAUCUACAGCUUUGGCUUUGGGAAGUUUUAUCUCACAGGGGCGACACAGAUAGCCUAUCUAGGAUCUCUUCCUGUUAUUGGAGAAAAGGAAGUGAUUCAAGCUGAUGAUGAGCCCACCUUCUCUUUCUUCAGUGGCCCCUACAUGGUCAUGACCAACCUGGUGUGGAACGGGAACAGGGUCACAGUGAAAGAGCUGAAUCUCCCUACCCACCCACACUGCAGCAAGCUGCGACUGGCUGACUUGUUAAUUGCUGAGCAGGAACACAGCAGCAAACUCCGGCACCCCUACCUGCUGCAGUUGAUGGCUGUGUGUCUGUCCCAGGACCUGAAGAAAACCCGCCUUGUGUACGAGCGCAUCACUAUCGGCACAUUGUUCAGUGUUCUUCAUGAACGACGGUCCCAGUUCCCAGUGCUACACAUGGAGGUGAUUGUGCAUCUGUUGCUCCAGAUCUCUGAUGCCCUGCGAUACCUGCAUUUCCGGGGGUUUAUCCACCGCUCCCUCAGCUCCUAUGCUAUCCAUAUCAUCUCCCCAGGUGAAGCGAGGCUGACCAACCUGGAGUACAUGAUGGAAAGCCAGGAUGGAGGUGUACAGAGGGACCUGACUCAAGUGCCCCUCCCUACCCAGCUGUACAACUGGGCCGCACCAGAAGUGAUCUUACAGAAGGCAGCCACAGUGAAGUCGGACAUCUACAGCUUUUCUAUGAUCGUGCAGGAGAUUUUAACAGAUGACAUACCCUGGAGUGGCUUAAAUGGCUCAGUUAUUAAAGAAGCCAUAGUCUUGGGGAAUUAUUUAGAAGCUGACGUCAGGCUUCCAAAACCUUACUAUGAUAUUGUAAAGUCAGGCAUCCACGUCAAGCAGAAAGACCGAACUAUGAACCUUCAAGAUAUCCAGUAUAUUCUGAAGAAUGACUUGAAGGAUUUUACUGGAGCCCAGAGAACUCAACCAACAGAGAGUCCCAGAGUGCAGAGAUACAGACUCCAUCCUGAUGUCAAUGUCUAUCUAGGACUGACUUCAGAACACCCCAGAGAGACCCCUGAAAUGGAAAUCAAAGAGCUAAAAGAAAUGGGCAGUCAACCUCAUUCACCAAGAGUUCACUCUUUAUUCACUGAGGGGGCACUAGAUCCUCAGGCCCCAGAUGCAUGUCUGAGGGCUAGGGAGACUCAGAAUCAAGAUGCUCCUUGCCCUGCUCCAUUUAUGGCAGGAGAAGCCAGCAGCCCCAGCACGGAUCAGGCAAGCCUCUGCAGUUUCGAAAUCAACGAGAUCUCAGGCUGCUUGACUUUGGAAGAUGAUAUAGAAGAGCCUCCAGGAGCUGCUUCAUCUUUUGAGGCAGACAGAUCUAACCAGGUAGAUGAACUAAAAUCCAUGGAAGAAUUAAUGGAUAAGAUGGAGAGAGAGGCAUGUUGUUUUUGGAGUGAGGAUAAGAGCUCUUCAGAAGCUGGCACAGAACACUCUUUUGAGGACUGGGACUGGCAAAAUGGUUCACUCAGUUCACUCAGCCUUCCUGAGCCAGUCAGAGAAGCCAUGAGCAAUUUGAACGAGAGGUCCAAGACUGAGGAGUAUUACCUCAGUAAGUGUGUGCUGGAUCUAACGAUUAUGCAGAAAAUAAUGCAAGAGAAUGUUGAUAGGCUGAGGAAUAUCGAGCAGAUAUUGGAUGAAGUUGAGAUGAAACAGAAGGAGCAGGAAGAGCAAAUGUCUUUGUGGACUGCUUCAAGAAAAUUUGCAAAUGUCUACAACUUACCUCCGGCUGUGGGCCCUCCAUCUUUAAGCUAUAUUCCCCCUGUGCUGCAGCCUUUAGGGGGUCAGCAGCUGGAUGCUAGUGGCAACUGCCCAACUCUAGCAAGGUUUCCAAGAACAGUGAGAGACUUUCAAGGGGGACAUCUUGGCAAAAGAUCCAGGAAAAGAAGUGGUUGUGGCUGGAAACCUUUCACCCAAGUCUCUGAAGUAAGCACUGGAGAUCAGUCAGAGAUGAGCCAUCAGCUGCCGACUCUUUGCAACCCUGGAAAACAGAACACAGAUCAACAAUUUCAGCCCACUCAAGGAGCUAAGGACAGUUUGGAAAGAAGCAGCAUCCAAAAUACCAGUAGCCAAGGAAGACCUAGAGAGUCCACUGCCCAAGCCAAAGCCACACGACUUAAUAGUGCACUCUUCACUCUGUCAGGCCACCAGCAGGGACCUUCUGUGUCACCCAGCUCUCACCGGGAUUCUACCAGGAUGAGUAUGGAACCUGUUUCUUCUGAAAUCUAUAAUGCAGAAUCCAGAAAUAAAGAUGAUGGAGAGGUACACUUAAAAUGGAAAAUGGAGGUGAAAGAAAUGGCAGAGAAAGCAGCUACCGGGCAGCUUACAGUAUCUCCUUGGCAUCCUCAGAGUAGUUUGACUUUAGAGAGCAAGGCUGAAAAUGAGCCCGAUGCCCUGCUGCAGCCCCCCAUUAGGAGCCCUGAAAAUAUGGAUUGGCAGCGAGUUAUUGAAUAUCAUAGGGAAAAUGAUGAGCCCAGAGGAAAUGGCAGGUUUGACAAGAUGGACAACAGUGACCAGCAUGGCAGACAGCCUGGGCCUCAAAGCUUCACCAGUAUCAGUCACCCAUCUCCUGGACAAAAUGAACAACCAGAGCAUAGUGAAGCUGUUCAAGCAAGUUCUGAUGCAUUGGUGGCCAUUGAGAAAUCUUACAGCAAUGAGUCCACGCAAUCAACUUGUUCACCACAGUCUUCUGAGGACAUAACAGAUGAAUUUUUAACUCCAGACCAUGAAUAUUUUUACUCCUCGGCUGCUCAAGAAAACUUAGCUCUAGAGACCUCGAGUCCCAUAGAAGAGGACUUUGAAGGAAUACAAGGUGCAUUUGCCCAACUUCAAGUUUCUGGUGAGGAAAAGUUCCAAAUGAUAAAAAUUCUUGGAAAGAAUGCUGAGAUUUUGCCCAGGUCUCGAUUUCAACCUAUACAAAGUACUGAAGAUGAACAAGAAGAGACAUUGAAGGAGUCACCAAAGGAACUGAAAGAGAAAGACAUAUCAUUGACAGAUAUUCAAGACCUGUCUAGUAUCUCCUGUGAACCAGACAGCUCUUUUAAGGAAGCUUCAUGCAAAACACCCAAAAGAAACCAUGCACCUACCAGUGUCAGCACUCCACUCAGCCCAGGGUCAGUUUCUUCAGCUGCCAGUCGGUAUAAAGACUGCCUUGAACGUAUGACAUUGCAGUUAAAGACAGGGUCUGCCUCUUGCUGGAACAGUCAAGAAUCUAUUCAAACUUUGUCUGAUGAAUUUACAAGUGUCCGAGAGAGAGCAAAGAGACUGGAUUCUCUCCUUACUUCCUCCGAAACUCCCCCUUCAAGACUCACUGGACUUAAAAGAUUGUCUUCAUUUACUGGGUCUGGAUCCUCCAGGCUUGCUAAGGCAUGUGACGCAUCACUACCCCAUGCCACCCAGAGAAGGAGCCUGCCUAAAGAACUAGUAGAAGCCAUCUCACAGCAUCACAUUGAUGAGCUACCACCACCAUCUCAGGAGCUACUUGAUGAAAUUGAGCUCUUGAAGCAGCAGCAGAGCUCAUCCACAGUGUCGCAUGAGAACACAGCAAGCGAUGCAGGAGUCACUGCAAAUGAUCAAAGGCACUUAGAAGAACAAGAAACUGACAGUAAAAAAGAAGAUAGUGGUAUGCCUUGGUCCAAAGAAGCUGAAGAUCUAGGAGAGGACACAGAGAGAGCUCACUCUACUCUGGAUGAGGACCUGGAAAGAUGGCUGCAGCCACCUGAGGAGAGCAUGGAGCUACAAGACCUUCCCAAGGGCUCUGAAAGGGAGACAAAUACCAAAGAUCAAGAAGUUGGUGAAGAGAAGAGAAAAAGGGAAGAUAGCAUCACGCCAGAGAGAAGGAAAUCAGAGAGUGUUUUAGGGACUUCUGAAGAAGAUGAACUAAAACCCUGCUUUUGGAAGCGACUAGGUUGGUCCGAACCAUCCAGGAUAAUCGUGCUGGAUCAGAGUGACUUGUCAGACUGACUGGAAUUGGAUCGUAGAUGGACUCCUGGCUUGAGUUUGAGUGUCCUGGUUGUGAGCUCCUUUCUUCUCUUUCUGCUUCGGUUACUUUCAGGGCAGCAGUUACAGUUCUAUAAGUUUCACUUUGUUCAGCUGCCACAAUAGACAUCAUCAUUUGGCCUUCUUUGUUAGCAGCACAUUCAACCAUUUGUUUUCAGUCAGAUUUCUGAAAAGUACGAGGUAGUUUUGAUUGUAAAAAUUUUUGGUUGUGCCUAGAAUGGCUUUGGUUUUGUUGAUGUUAAUUUUCAAAAACUUCAACUCUUGUUAUAUAAUAAAAUGUUUACUUUUAAUAACAG